AUGUUAGAUUUCUCGGAACUUGUUGAUAAGGUAUGUGGUGUGAUGGAAGUUGAUAGAGAAGGGCUGUAUAUUAAUUUUUCUUUGGUAUGGACGGAGAGAUCAAGGAAAAGGUCUCGUGUGCACAUUAAUGAUGAUAAUACUGUACGGUUCCUUUAUCUUUGUGCUGAUAAAUGGUCGGAAUUGUACCCUGAAAAUGUUGAGAGAAUAGACCAUGUUUAUGCAAGUACAUCUGGCCAGGAUAUUGGUGCCAGCAUAUAUCUCCAGGUUUGGAAUGAUCGCCACAACAGACUUGUCGGGACUGAUGAUGAUUAUGUUGGCGAGCUUACAGCAGAUCCGGAGUAUCUCUUGUGGUAUCAUCAGGUUACUGUAAAGUAUGUUAUGGAUCCGACUGACUCUGAAAACACGAGGGGUUUUCAUGGCUUUGUAGAGACCUUGCGCCUCAUGGCCACUUUGAUGGAGGACGUUCGUAGUCUUAGUAUUAUAGGCCAGCGUACAUUCGACAAGGAUUCCUUUGGUUAUGAUAGCUUAGGCGAGAUUGCCCAGGUUGCUGAGCGGGCGUUGUCCGUCAAUGCAACAAAUGUUGUACGUCACGAUGUCGAGAGGCAGGUUGAGGUUAAUGACAUUUUGAGUCAAGAAAUUGGUCAUGUAGACCCGACCCAACAAUAUCCACCUCCCAGACCUCCGAGGCGUUCGCGCAGGUCUCAGCGUGGGCGUGGGGGGCAAGAGACAAUCACGCCCACUCAGCCACAUCAGUCCUAUAGGCAUCAACAGUCUCAUAUCCCCUUCACUGAGGGUUCAUCCCAUCAGUCUCCACUUAUGUCUCCACACCAUUCUUCUCAGCAUUCAUCCCAUCAGUCUCCACAUCAUUCUCCACAUCAUUCAUCCCAUCAGUCACCCCAUCUUUCUUCGCCGACCCAACAGGUGUUUUACCGUCCCAUUAUGUCUCCCCAACACCAGCAGUCUCAUUUUGCCUUCACUCAGUUUUCCUCCCCUCAGACUUCUCAGCCUCAGUUUGGAGAUUCUUUUAUUGACUUUUCUGGUUUCCAGCAAAGUCCUCUAGAUGGGCAGUCGAUACAUUACACGAGUAACUUUCUUUCGAGUAUGUUCGAGGGUGUUGUGGGUCAGCAUCAGGCUGAUGACCCAGCUGGAGGUAAGCGUGAGAGUAAGGGUGAAGAUGAGGAUGAGGAUGAGGCUGAGGAUGCAGACUAG